CCCGCCGGGGAGCUCUGGACUGGGACCUGCGGUGCCGCGAGCCUGGAGAGCCGGGAGCGAGCGUCCCUUGAUCAAAACCGAGGAGCAGCACUCCUCACCCCGCCCCCCACCUAGAACCUCCUCCCCCCCUACUACCCCCAUAGCCCUCCCCACUCCUGGACGUGGUUGGGGGCAUGUGAGCUGGAAGCCGCGGCAGCCGGCGGCGAUCAUCCGGAGGGAGAAGCCCUGCCCCAGCGAAGGACGGAGCCGGAACCGGAGCCGGGAGAGUAGAUGUCCAUGAGGAGCCCCAUCUCUCCCCAGCUGGCACUCGAUGGCAUUGGGACCAUGGUGAACUGCACUGUCAAGGCAGAAGAAAAGAAAGAGAUAUGCCAGGAGGCUCCACCUGGCCAGCAGCAGGUGCCAGCCUCUGCUGCAGAACCCUUGACCGGAGACCCAGCCCGGGCCCCCCAGGAUGGAGCUGACUCAAGUGGCCCACCCCAGGACUGUGGGUCCCCGAGGAGCGACGGACACCCAGAACCUAGGAGGUCGGGGUCUGAGCCAGCCACUGGGAGCCAAGAAAAGCUGGAUUUCAACAGGAAUUUGAAAGAAGUUAUGCCCACCAUUGAGAAGCUUCUGUCCAGUGACUGGAGAGAGAGGCUUCUGGGAAGAAGCACUGUGGAAACCAAAGAUGUUAAAGGGACCCAAGAAAGCCUGGCAGAAAAGGAACUUCAACUCCUGGUUAUGAUCCAUCAACUGUCCACUCUGCGGGACCAGCUCCUGACAGCCCACUCGGAGCAGAAGAAUAUGGCGGCCAUGCUGUUUGAGAAGCAGCAGCAACAGAUGGAACUAGCCAGGCAGCAGCAAGAGCAGAUAGCAAAGCAGCAGCAGCAGCUCAUCCAGCAACAGCACAAGAUUAACCUCCUACAGCAGCAGAUACAGCAGGUCAACAUGCCUUAUGUCAUGAUCCCUGCGUUCCCUCCCAGCCACCAGCCCAUGCCUGUCACCCCUGACUCCCAGCUGGCACUACCUAUUCAGCCCAUUCCUUGUAAACCAGUGGAGUACCCGCUGCAGCUGCUGCACAGCCCCCCUACCCCUGCUGUGAAGAGGCCUGGGGCUGUCUCUGCCCACCACCCGCUCCAGGAGUCUUCACAGCCUCUGAACUUGACAGCCAAGCCCAAAGGUCCGGAGCUGCCCAACACUUCCAGCUCCCCCAACCUGAAGAUAAGCACCUGUGGUCCCCUCCCCUCCAAUCAUGGGGCUCCUACCCGGGACCUCCAAGCCAGCCCGCCCAGCCUGCCUCUAGGCUUCCUGGGUGAGGGGGAUGCCAUCACCAAAGCUAUCCAGGAUGCCCGGCAGCUGCUGCAUGGCCACAGUGGACCCAUUGAGAGUUCUCCUAAUGCCUCUUACAGGAAGGACCUCAUCAACCUGGAGUCAUCCCCAGCCAAGGAUCGGCUGGAAGAGAGCUGUGGGCACCAGCUAGAUGAGACCAUGCUGAGCUGUGACAUGGAUGGCUCCCGACACUUCCCCGAGUCCCGGAACAACAAUCACAUUAAGAGACCCAUGAAUGCCUUCAUGGUGUGGGCCAAGGAUGAACGGCGGAAGAUCCUCCAGGCCUGUCCCGACAUGCAUAACUCCAGUAUCAGCAAGAUUCUUGGCUCCCGCUGGAAGUCCAUGACAAACCAGGAGAAGCAACCCUACUACGAGGAACAGGCACGGCUGAGCCGGCAGCACCUGGAGAAGUAUCCCGACUACAAAUAUAAGCCUCGGCCCAAACGCACGUGCAUCGUGGAGGGCAAGCGACUACGAGUGGGAGAGUACAAGGCCCUGAUGAGAAACCGGCGCCAGGAUGCGAGGCAGAAUUACGUGAUCCCCCCACCAGGCAAUCAGAUGCAGAUGAGUUCCCCCGAUGUCCUGUACCCCAGGGCACCCGGAAUGCCCCUGGCACAGCCCCUUCUGGAGCACUAUGUGCCCCGGAGCCUGGACCCCAGCAUGCCUAUCAUUGUCAACACCCGAAGCCUUAAGGAGGAGAAUGAGGGAGCUGAGGAUGGGCACUCCGUAGCUGACGGGGAGAUGUUCCGGUACAGCGAAGAAGAAGAUUCAGAAGUCGAGGAGAAGAGUGAUGGAGAGUUGGUAGUGCUCACAGACUGAGCUAGGCUCAGGGGCUCAUGCCCUCUGGCUUCCCCCAGGCAGAUUUUGAAAGGGGGAGAGAGAAGCCUAAUGAGGGCUUGUCCCCUGACCCUAUCAGGCACUCCCAGCUGACCUGGACUGUGUAGGUACCUUGACGGGGAUGUGUCCGGGAGAUGGGCACAGCUGUGCAUAUGUACAUACAUCUAUGCAGGGGAAGUGGGAUCAGGAAAGGUUGUUUCCUACCCUAGGUUGUUUGGCCUCAAAGAAGGCAUCCUGUCUGGGGGGGGCUUCAGAGCCACGGGGUUCAUGCGGACUUUAGGAAAACACGGGGGGCACCUGAGUUCCUGUAAAAGGGGAGCUUUGUAGACGGGCCCAGCUUCCCAUCAUUGACCAAGUAAUGCCACAAGUCCCCUGAUCUUCACACCUAGGAAGUUAUUGUAUGACUAGCACCCUCUACUCCCUCCCUGUUUGGGAUCCUGGUCACUUGAGCCCCCUCCCCAUCCCCUCUUUUCUCAUCUCCCUUGCUCUGCUGAAAGGGUGGGGUCUCCUCUGAGUGACCAUUUUAUCCAUCGCUCCCCACCCUCCACUCUCUCCGUGCCCCAUGUCUGGGAUGGCGUACCUCCUAUCAUUCUGCGUCCACUUCCCACAGGGCUUUCCCUCCCCUCAUAGGUCUUUUUCCAGGGUCUGUAUUUGCUUGAUGUGAGUGAGCCCAAGGCUGUGUGUGUGUGUGUGUGUGU